AUGGAGAUGUCUUGCUGGAUGAUCACUGGAGAGAGACAAGGAGCACGAAUACGUGGUCUUUAUUUGAAAACAAUUCUUAGACAAGAUGUUUCUUUCUUUGAUAAGGAAUCAAAUACAGGAGAAGUUGUGGGGAGAAUGUCUAAUGAUACUAUUCUCAUACAAGAUGCCCUAGGCGAAAAGGUACAAAUCAAAAAGGCGAAUUGCACUUAA